ACACCAUUCAGUUAUAAAGAAAUAUUUUGUCAGGAAGAAUCAGCUAUGAAUGAUUGUCUCUUCUUAGUACUAUUUGUGGUAGCUAGUUUAUCUAUUUCCGUGAAAUCAUAUUCACACUUAAAUGAGAACAUGAGUAUGGCGGUGAUAAAAAAAACUAAGGAUGGUUGGCAAUGUGCGGGAGUGACCUGCCCCAUAAAGUUUACAUCGUAUUGUACAGUGACCAAAAUUUUGAAGCCUACUGAAAACCUUCACUCCGAACUUCUUAUUUUAUGCAUGGAUAACAAGAAUAAGGCAAGGUGUGGAAUAACGCGGACUAGAAAAGGCGAAACAGUGAAAUUUUUAGAUUUGGACGAACAUGGAAACACGCGAUAUUCGCAGAAAGAGAGUAUUACCGUCAUUGAUGGUACUACGAUUCCCAGGUGCCCAUUCGUACCUCAAAAGCCAUAAUCAUUUUCACACAAAUGUAUACAUUUUAUUCUUCACAUGCUUUUUAACUGUGUGUUUUAAGUGUUUUCGACUAUAAAAAUAAAUAUAUAUUUUGUGACAAUCAAAAA